AUGGCGUCGACGUCGAUGACGACCGGACCCGCGCGCGCGACGUCGCUCGCGCGUAUUUCACCGCCGCGCGCGAGAUGCGCAUCCUCCGCGGUCACCGCCAAGCGCGCGGCGCCCGCGUCGAGCGCGGCGCGCGUCGCUCGUUCUUGUCUUCGGACCUUCCGCAUCGGACCUCCGGGGCUGUCCGCGCGGGGCGACCUCCUCUGGAUGCGCGCGGGCGCGACCGACGGCGCGGAAGAACCCGGAUCCACGGCUACACCCGUGGAAGAUGCCGCACCGGACGCGGACGAACCCGCGGGCGGCAUCGUCGGAUGGUGGCGCGACUACAACGCGCGAGCCAAGGACAUGGCGUCGCAGAUAAAGGCGCUCGGCCUCGCGGGCUUCACCGCCUACGGCAUAUUCAACACCGCCUAUUACACCCUCGCGUUCACCACGGCGUGGUCCAUCCGGUCCGUCCCGUCCAACAUAGGCAUCGCCGCGACGUGGAGGAUCGCGGGCGAGGUCAUGGCCCUGGUGUGGGCGGGGAGCCAGGUGACCAAGUUGGCGAGGGCGGGGAUGGCGUUGGCGCUGGCGCCGAAGAUCGACGGGUUCAUGAAUCGUUGGUCCGAGAAGUGGGGGAAAAGCAAGGAGUUCAUAUUCGUGGGCAUAACGCUAGGGUGCUUCCUCGGAUCCGCGGCGUUCUUCGCGGUGCUCAUCGUGCUGAAGGCGCAGUUCGCGUGA